AUGCCCACCAACGGCCUGCACCAGGUGCUGAAGAUCCAGUUUGGUCUCGUCAACGACACGGACCGCUACCUGACCGCCGAGAGCUUCGGCUUCAAGGUCAACGCCUCGGCGCCCAGCCUCAAGAGGAAGCAGCUGUGGGUGCUGGAGCCUGACCCCGGCCAGGGCACGGCCGUGCUGCUGCGCAGUCAGGGGCACCGGACGCAGACGGUGUGCGAGGCGGAGGCCUGGACCGCCUCCUACCUGGAUGUGUCGUGUGGUUGCACGGGGCACAGCGACGGGGUGGGCCCUGGAGGCGGCAGCGAAAGCAGCAGCCCCGGCCUCAUGUCCGCGGUCCCGCUGCUGCCUCGCCGCCUGCGGGGGGCCGCUCCUUCACCCCUCAGUGUCACCCUCCCCGCGAGGCUGUCCCGGGCCAAGGCCCACGGAGUUUGGGUCAAUGUCUCAGCCAACCAAGACGAGGAACUGGAUCAUGAGACCUUCCUGAUGCAAAUCGACCAUGAGACAAAAAAGUGCACCUUCUACUCCAGCACUGGGGGCUACUGGACCCUGGUCACCCACGGGGGCAUCCAGGCCACGGCCACACAAGUCUCUGCCAACACCAUGUUUGAGAUGGAGUGGCGUGGCCGGCGGGUGGCCCUCAAGGCUAGUAAUGGGCGCUACGUGUGCAUGAAGAAGAAUGGGCAGCUGGCGGCCAUCAGCGAUUUCGUGGGGAGCCCCAAUGUCGCCCCAGCGUCGCCCGAGGCCCAGGCGGCGGCCCGGACAGAGCAGGCUGUCCCCGCAGGCCAGGACGAGGAGUUCGUCCUCAAGCUCAUCAACCGGCCCAUCUUGGUGCUGCGCGGCCUGGACGGCUUCGUGUGCCACCGCCGCGGCUCCAACCAGCUGGACACCAACCGCUCGGUCUACGACGUCUUCCACCUGAGCUUCAACGACGGCGCCUACCAG